GCCGAGACCAGGGGAAGUGGCGGAGAAUAGUAACCCCGGCCCCGAUGACCCGCCCAAGCUCGUCGCAUCUCCAAGAAUCGUGGAAGGCUAAGAAAGCAUCAUGAACUGUAUGACCAUUUAUUUAACCAGUUCCCCCGUUGGUCCUGGACGGCCUUUUCCGCUGCUGUUUGCGUCGAUGCCCGGGCCAUCUUAGAUUUUGAUCUCCACCAGCUUCCCUAGUUCUACACGAUGCUCACGGAUCUAUUGUUUACUCUGUCCCGUGUCCCUUCGCAGGCUACUUCGAUACGGCUUACUCCUUGGUAGCAAGCUGGCGAAACCAUGGUGACGCGGCGCAUUGUUAGAACCGGUAUUCAACUGGGCCUACUGGUCCUGAUCAUCCUCGUGACACUGUUGAUCUUCGAUAGUAGGCUAGAGCUCUUGCCUGCCGUAAUCCAUGACCAUCUUCCUUCUCAUCACCCGGGGCUUGUUGUCACCGAUGUCACUGUCACGACCUGCUCUUCCCUAAACAUCUUCUCAAGCUGCAUGCUCGACCCGGAGACAUGGCAUCGCAUCGAGAAGGACCUAUACCUGGGGACCGGUUGGACCUCGAGCGCUUUCUUACACAUACGAAGGAAGAAGGAAGAGGAUCUUCUUCCUGCCGAUUUAAUUGUAGUUGACCUAAAAAUGGGUAGACUUGAUCCUGGUGCUGGCACGGAUAAAAAGUGGGAGCCAAGGCCGGCUGGUAUUUGGCUCCUGAGAACCGACAGAGGUCAUACAGGAGAUCCACAGAAGGUUAUUACCUCUUUAGAUGUCCUUUUCGGUCCUGAUGCUGCGGAUCCUCGUCCGGGCUGGGAAGUGAAAGAUACGCCGCUAUUGCUGGAUACCAACAGUGAAGCGCGUUUGUCUAUCAGGCGAGGACACCCUGCCAAGAUUGAUCGGCCACCUCCGAGAAUUCGCAAAGACGGGAAAUUUAAGAUAAUGCAGGUGUCGGACCUGCAUUUGAGUACAGGGGUUGGAAGGUGCAGGGAGCCAAUCCCGCCUUUGAAAGAUGAGAGCAAGUGUGAAGCGGAUCCUCGUACCCUGGAAUUCAUUGGCAGAAUGCUUGACGAGGAAAAGCCCGACUUAGUCGUUGUAUCCGGCGACCAAGUUAACGGGGAUACAGCGCCCGAUACGGUGACAGCGAUCUUUAAACUCGCUGAUAUUUUCGUUCAACGCCGUGUUCCGUGGGCCGCUAUAUUUGGAAACCAUGACGAUGAGGGUAGCCUUGAUCGAUCACAGUCCAUGAACGUCUUACAGCAGUUACCGUACUCUUUAUCGGAGCCUGGCCCUGUCGAUAUCGAUGGCGUGGGCAACUAUAUAGUUGAAGUUCUUGACCAUACUUCAUCUCACUCCGCCUUAAGUCUUUACCUCCUCGACACACACAGUUACUCUCCAAAUGAGCGCCAAUUCCGGGGAUACGAUUGGAUAAAACCCAGCCAGAUCGAAUGGUUCAAGGCUAGCUCACAGAGACUUCAGAAGUCUCACCGCGAGUAUCGCUAUAUCCAUAUGAACAUGGCGUCAUCAUAUCCACUUCCAGAUACCGAACCCAACAACUCUCCAGGGAAACUGUCGACUCACUGCUCAGUUCAAUUCAGGAUUUAA